UCUUGAAAAAGGAAGAAAUACCACCCUGGUGAAUUUCCCUUUUUAGAGCAGCCCCUCCUUCCUGGUUGGGGAAGCUACAUUUUGAAAACCCGCCUCAGACCCCGCCAAAUCGCGCCCACACUGAAAAACUUUUCUUCCCUCUAUUCCCUCUCUCCCUCUAUUUCCCUCUCUCUUGGGUAAGGUAGCAGAAGAGGGUAGGAAGUGGUAGAGGGAGAGAGGGCGAGGGCGAGGGCGAGGGCGAGGGAAGCCGGUCUCCCUUCAACCGAUUCACCUCGGUCCAAUUCGUUUAUGGUUCAGCCGGUUUUUCAGUUCCCAAGUAUAGGGUUUUAGCUCUAGGGUUUUAGGGGUGGAGUAGAAGAAGAAGAAGAAGAAGAAGAGAAGCGGAGCGAUGUUGCGGGCCUCCGAUGAGAGGAUCGCGUCGGACACUGCGGUCGCCGGGCGCAUGGUGAGCGACUAUAUAAGCCGUGAUUCCGCCCGGCGGGUUGAUCUCGAGGAGGCUUUGGAAGCUUCUAGAUACGCCAGCCACCCUUACUCGUCUCCUCCGAAAGAGUGGCCUCCUUCUGUUGAGAUAGCCAAUACCAGAGAUCUGCCUGCUGUGCUCAUUGAUAGAUACAAUGCAGCUGGAGGAGAAGGAACCGCUUUAUGUGGAAUUUUUCCAGAAAUUCGACGAGCAUGGGCGUCUGUGGACAAUUCUCUGUUUCUGUGGCGUUUUGACAAAUGGGAUGGUCAGUGCCCUGAAUACAGUGGUGAGGAACAGGCUAUCUGUGCUGUCGGGUUGGCUAAAGCUAAGCCUGGCAUAUUUGUAGAAGCUAUUCAGUAUCUUUUAGUUUUAGCUACUCCUGUUGAGCUGAUUCUUUUGGGCAUUUGCUGCUCUCCAAGUGGUGAUGGUGAAGAUCCAUAUGCUGAGAUUGCACUUCAACCUUUGCCAGAGUACACGAUACCAUCUGAUGGAGUUACCAUGACUUGUAUUGCUUGUACUGAUAAGGGUCAAAUUUUCCUUGCUGGUCGUGAUGGCCAUUUAUAUGAAAUGCAGUAUUCAUCUGGCUCUGGAUGGCGCAAGCGGUGCCGUAAGAUCUGCCAUACAGCUAGUGUUGGGGGCCUUAUUUCAAGAUGGGUGUUACCAAAUGUUCUUAAAUUUGGUGCUGUUGAUCCAAUCAUUGGCAUGGUUGUCGACAAUGAGCGCUCUGUUUUGUAUGCAAGAACUCAAGAAUCAAAAAUAUUGGUGUUUGAUUUAGGAAUUGAUGGUGAUGGAUCACCUAAAAAAAUUGCAGAAGAGAGGAAUUUGAUUGAUCAAAGAGAUGGACUUUAUGGGGGUGUGCGUUCUGCAACUUCUAGGGUAGCUUCUCGUGCAUCAAAAACCUCUAUCAUUUAUAUUGGACCAUUAUCUACCUUGGAGUCAAAACGUCUGCAUCUUGUUGCUGUUCUCUCUGAUGGUAGAAGAAUGUAUCUGUCUACUGCUUCAUCUGGUGGAAACAGUGACUCCAUUGGGGGUUUACCAGGAUUAAGUAAUGCUCUCCACAGACCCUGUUCUUUGAAAGUGGUCUCAACUCGGUCUUCUCCCUCUGUUGGAGUUGGCACCCUUCCUCUUGCCGGUAGACCACAUUCUGAAGAUUUGGCUUUGAAGGUAGAAACAGCAUAUUAUUCAUGUGGAUUACUUGUUCUUUCUGAUUCUUCGCCUCCGGCGAUGUCCUCUCUUUUGGUUGUGAAUAGGGAUCCAAGUGCUCAUUCUUCUAGCUUUGGUGCUGCAGCAAGGCAUAUUAGUGCAUUACGUGAAACAGUGUCUUCACUCCCUGUUGAAGGUAGAAUGCUUUAUGUGGCUGAUGUGUUACCUUUACCAGAUACAGCAGCUAUGCUGCAAUCAUUGUAUUUGGAAUCAUAUGGCAUGCAUACUUUUGGAAAAUCAUGUGAAAGAGCAUCUGUACAACUUUGGGCUUUGGGGGAUCUUGCAACUCAACAUAUUUUGCCUAGACGAAGAGCGGUUAUGUUCAGCACUAUGGGUAUGACAGAGAUUGUACUUAAUAGACCUGUAGACAUUCUUCGAAGGCUGCUAGAAUUCAAUGCUUCAAGAUCCUCACUUGAAGAUUUCUUCAAUCGUUUUGGUGCUGGAGAGGCUGCAGCAAUGUGUUUGCUACUGGCUUCAAAACUCCUUUCUUUUGAAGAAAUUUUAGUCAGCAAUUCUGUUGCUGAGAAAGCUGCAGAGGCAUUUGAAGAUCCAAGGUUGGUUGGUCUCCCGCAAGUUGAAGGAAGUAGUGCAGUAUCAAACGCAGUUACUCCACCUGGUGUGGGAUUCAAUAUGGGUCAAGUUGUUCAAGAGGCUGAGCCCACAUAUUCAGGUGCUCAUGAAGGGCUCUGCCUUUGUACUGCUAGAUUGCUUUCUCCUCUAUGGGAGCUCCCUGUUAUGAUUAUGAAGGGUAGUGGUAGCUCUGAGACCAAUUUCCCACAAGGGGUCAUUACUUGCAGGCUUUCUUUUGAGGGGAUGGAGAUCCUUGAAAGCAAGAUUCGCUCCCUAGAGCAAUUUCUACGCUCCCGAAGAAACCAGAGAAGAGGGCUUUACGGCUGUGUCGCUGGCUUUGGAGAUCUGACUGGUUCUAUCCUGUAUGGAACUGGUUUAGGUUCUGGAACCUCUGAAGAUGGUGCGAGAAGGAAUCUAUAUAACAAUUAUGCUCAGAGUAUCAAUGCAGACAGGGGGACAGUAAUUGCCAGUAAAAGGCCAAGGCUUCCUUAUAGUCCUGCAGAACUUGCUGCCUUGGAAGUGAGGGGGAUGGAAUGUCUCAGGCGAUUGCUUAGAAGAUCUGGUGAAGCUUUAUUCUUACUUAGGCUUCUUGUACAACACCAGAUUACUCGUUUGAUCCAGAGUUUGGAUGUUAAUCUGCGGUUGAAGCUGGUUCAAUUGACUUUUCAGCAACUUGUUUGUUCUGAGGAGGGUGAGCAGCUUGCAACAAGACUUAUUGCAGCACUCAUGGAGUACUAUAUUGGUCCAGAUGGCAGAGGAACAUUGGAUGAUAUCAGUAGCAAAUUAAAAGAAGGUUGCCCAAGUUACUACAAUGAGUCAGACAACAAAUUCUUUCAGGCGGUAGAGUUCCUUGAGAGAGCAGCUAUUACUGGUGAUGCAGAUGAGAGGGAAAAACUUGCUAAAGAAGCUUUUGGCCUGUUAGCCAAAGUGCCGGAGUCUGCAGAUCUGGGUACUGUUUGCAAGCGCUUUGAGGACUUAAGAUUCUAUGAGGCUGUUGUACGGUUACCAUUGCAGAAGGCUCAGGCUCUUGAUCCCGAAGGAGAUGCCCUGAAUGAUCAAAUUGAUGCAAAUCGUCGAGAGCAAGCACUUAUUCUUCGUCAACAAUGCUAUGAUAUUGUAACAAAUGCACUCCGUUCUCUAAAAGGUGAGACUGUGCAAAAGGGAGCCCAAAUAAAGUUUGGAUCUGCCUCUCGAGUUAGUGGUAAACAGGCCCUUGAUCAAGCUUCCCGGGACAAGUACAUUAGGCAGAUUGUUCAGCUUGGUGUGCAGUCAACUGACAAAGCAUUCCAUGAACACUUGUAUAGAAGUAUGAUCGACCUUGGUCUUGAAAAUGAACUUUUGGAGUUUGGAGGUCCAGAUUUGGUUCCCUUCCUGCAGAAUGCAGGCCGAGAGCCCUUGAAAAAGGUGGAAGUGGUGACAACGCCACCCUCUUUGCUGCCACAAAUUGGACACGAGAAGGGUCCUAUUCCAUCUCAUCAAGUGAAAUAUAUCGAGCUGCUUGCACGAUACUAUGUGUUGAAGAGGCAACAUAUGCUUGCAGCUUUGGUACUGAUGAGGUUGGCAGAACGGCAGAGUGCAGACGUUGGUGAAACUCUUACACUUGAGCAAAGGCAGCAGUAUCUAAGUAAUGCAGUGCUUCAAGCAAAAAGUGCUCGCAGCACUGCUGGUCCUAGUUCAUAUGGGAGUCCUUAUGACAGUGGUUUGCUGGAUUUGCUUGAGGGGAAACUUGCUGUUCUUCGUUUUCAAAUAAAGAUUAAGGGAGAACUUGAAGCUCUAGCAUCGAAGCUAGAAGAUCCAUCUGGUUUACCAAGAGAUUCAGCUCCAGAUGAUGCCUUUCCUCAAAGGAAUCUGAUUGCCGAUGUAAACCUGGUCAGUACAGCCAGGUCCAAGGCAAGAGAGCUAGCAUUGGAUCUAAAAAGUAUUACGCAGCUAUAUAAUGAUUAUGCAGUUCCGUUUGAGCUUUGGGAGAUCUGUCUUGAAAUCAUUCACUUUGCCAACUACUCUGAAGAUUCUAACAGCAGCAUAAUCAGAGAAAUCUGGGCUAGGUUGCUUGACCAAGCCAUAUCAAAAGGUGGUGUCGCGGAGGCUUGCCAAGUGCUGAAGCGAGUUGGUUCUCAGUUUUAUCCUGGAGAAGGGGCUAGCUUGCCAUUGGAUACAAUUUGCCUGCACCUUGAGAAAGUAGCACUGGACCGAGCAGAGUCAGGUGUCGAGUCAGUUGGAGAUGAGGAUGUUGCAAGGGCUCUGCUGGGUGCCUGCAAAGGUGCAGCUGAACCUCUUCUGAACACUUACGACCAACUUUUGUCAAAUGGAGCAAUCUUGCCUUCACCAAAUCUUCGCUUGCGGCUAUUAAGAUCUGUACUUGUGAUUCUUCGUGACUGGGAGGUAUCAAUAGUUGCACAGAGAAUGGGUACAAGUUCCACUGGAGCGAAGCUUAUUUAUGGAGGCUUGUUGACCUCAGAACAGACUACAGCAAUAAAUCAAGGGAUAAGAGAUAAAAUCGUUAGCGCUGCUAACAGGUACAUGACUGAGGUCCGGCGAUUGGCUCUUCCUUCUAGCACCACAGACGAGGUCUACAGGGGCUUCCGGGAACUUGAAGAAAAACUUUUGAGUCCCUUCUUCUAGUGGGAGGGGCUUCUACAUGUGUAUCAUGAAUGAAUAAAUAUCUCAACCUGUUUUACCUCUGAGUCUUCGACUUGGAUGUUGAAUUAAUCUUUAGUAGAAUGGCUGAAUUGUAACAAUCAAAUUAUGCAUUCUUUCUAGAAUUUUUUUUCACACAUGGAAUCACAGUAUGUUGUAAAUAGUUUAUUGUC